GACCCUCGCCUGGCUUUCUCUCUCCUUAGAUGGUGUCUGAAUUGAUUGGGCGACUUCAGGAAAUGAACAUAACUAGCUUUUAUGUUCAGGGUUCAGGUCCAGUGAAUGUUUACGAUGCGCUUCCUGACCACGCCCCUCCCGCCCUAAUGCUUUCUCGGGGACCUUUUGGUUAUUUGGCCUUAAAAUAUUGAAAUGAGAGCCGUUAAUUAGGGCGGUUGAUGUUCUUUCAGGCAAAGUGAAUAGAGAGCGAUAUUACAUCAGGCUCCUACGUGAGGAAGGCUGUGCUCAUUCUCGUCAUGGCGUAUGGCUUGCCAAGACGGAACACAGUGCAAACCAUUUUGAAGGGCAGCUGUUACAAAGUACAGGAACCUUGGGACCUUGCCCAGCUCACAAAGACCUGGUACACGAACCUAACGAACCUCAGGCUGCCCUUCCUGGGGGAGAUCGCAUUUGGCAGUCCCACGACACUCACAGCAUGCCAAACCAAAGAAGUCCUGCUCCCAUCAGCACAAGCCAUCAAACUGGAAAAGGACUACGAAAUAAAGCGCCUAACAAAACUCAAGGAUCAGGAGAAAGCGCGUGCAGAAAUCCAGGCUUCCCUGAGGCAAAAGAAAGUUGGUUUAAGAAGACCACUUCAACCCAAGUGACCCAUCGCGUUGCUGAGUCUGAACCCGUCUCCAGCGUCUAUGGGGGUGAAGGUCCUCUAACUCCUUCACUGUGUUAAGUGGACGCAGCGGUGCCUCUGGGUGAUUGGGCCAAUGUCUUAGACAUGGCUUGGUGGACACUGUGACAGUGCCCCUGAGUUCCUGCCACACUCCUGUCCUUUGUGUCACACACGACAGCCUUCCCUCUAAGUAGACGAAAACCCGCCUGGAGUUGAGUCAUUUUGUGUCACUGGUUUCAAUGCUUAUAAGAUUGUGUGGGGGAAGAGGACAGUCCUUGCGGAAGGCAGCAUUCUGGAGAGACGUUGGAAGGUGCAACUUUGAGAUCCCCAAGGAGAGUUCUCAAAACAAGGUCAGAAUGAAGCUUGCUAAAAAACAAAA